UGCACCGUCAAAUCAGGUACCUGAUAGGUUGCCAUAUUGUGGAAAAGAAGUGAAAGUUGUGAACGAUUGACCAAAGCUGCGUUGCGUGAAAGACUUGUACUACAGAGUCCACUUUACCACAUAGAAUUGUAGAUAGGAGCUUGAAACCUUUUUAACUCACCAGCAGUGUGAAAAGAUUAUGGCGGAGAUAGUUUUGUGUCCUAUUCUACAGGUUGUCUUUGAAAAGCUAGCCUCUCGGUUCCUGAAAGAGAUUGCAGAUCGAUGUGGAUUCAAGGAUGAAAUCAAGAAGCUUCAACGCACAUUGGGCGCUAUCCAGACUGUUCUUCAGGAUGCCGAAGAGUGGCAAGCUACAGACAAAAGUUCAAAGUUGUGGUUAAGUGAGCUUAGAGAGGUAGCUUUUGAUGCUGACGACUUGCUUGAAGAGUUUGGUCCUGAAGCGAUGAUACAAGAAAACGAUAAUAGCUUGACUGAGCAGGUGACAAACAUUGUUCCUUCUUUGAGACCUUUCAUAACAUAUCUUAAAAAGUUGCCUGAACUAAAACAGAUUAGGGAGAGAUUGGAUGAGUUAUUGGCUGAGAGGUCUAAUUUCAAGCUCAAGAGAAAAGAUGGUGAUAAAGCGAUUAAAAGUCAACAGAAAAGAGAAACUGGUUCUUUUGUGAUUGAAUCCGAAGUUAUAGGGAGAGAAGAAGAUAAAGAAAAGAUAGUAGACAUGCUACAGUUAACUGCUGAAAGUAGAGCCAAUGAGGUUGUCUCAGUUAUUCCCAUAGUGGGUUUAGGGGGACUUGGUAAAACCACACUUGCUCAGCUAGUCUAUAAUGAUGAAAGGGUGAUGGGAAAUUUUGAACUCAGGAUGUGGGUGUCUGUUAAUGAUGAUUUUCAUGUGAGAAAGAUUGUUAAUUUGAUGAUAGAAUCUGCAACUAGGAGAAGGUGUGAUGAUCUCAUAGGGAUGGAUGUUCUUCAGUCGAAAUUACGGGACUUGUUAUUCAAGAGAAGAUAUUUGCUUGUACUAGAUGAUGUAUGGAACGAAGAUGCUGAUGAAUGGGAUAAGCCUAAAAGUUUGCUGAAAUUAGGUGCGGAGGGAAGCAAAGUCAUAGUCACAACAAGAAGUGCAAAAGUUGCUGCAAUUAUGGGAACAGUGUCUUCUCACCAUUUGAAGGGUCUGUCUCAUGAUGAAUGUUGGGGUUUGUUCAAGCAACGUGCCUUCGCAAAUGAUCAAGAGGACUAUGCAAACCUGUUGCCUAUUGGAAAACAAAUAGUGAGAAAAUGUGGGGGUGUUCCUUUAGCAGCAAAGGCACUCGGGAGUCUGAUGCGGUUCAAAAGAGAGCCAGAUGAAUGGUUAUCUGUGCAGGAAAAUGAGAUUUGGAAUGUUUGUGAAGACGAAAAUGGGAUAUUACCUGCCUUGAGGUUGAGUUAUAGUCAUUUGCCACUACAUCUGAAAGGAUGCUUUAUGUAUUGCUCGAUCUUUCCAAAGAACUACGUUAUCAAGAAAGAGAAGUUAAUCCAUCUUUGGAUUGCGGAAGGCUUAAUUCAGUCUUGCCAAUACCCUUUGCGAGGCACUCAAUCACGUAAAGAAGGAACAUCUCUUGAGAACAGCGGGAGCAAUUAUUUUAACGAAUUAAUGUGGAUGUUUUUGUUUGAAGAAGUGAAGAAAAACAGCGAUGGUAAUGUAGUUGAGUGCAGAAUGCACGAUCUCAUUCAUGAUCUUGCAAAAUCUGUUGCUGGAGAAGAGUUUUUCAUAUUUGAACGUGGUUGCCUGCCGAAAAAUCUGGCUAGAGUUCGAUACUCGUCUGUAGUUUGCCAUUCUGAAUCUUGUACCAUUCCAGAAGCCUUGUAUGAGGCAAAGAAGUUACGAACUCUUAUCUUUUUGUUUUCCAAUGGUGACUCUGGUGAAAUCCCAGCCAAGCUGUUUACACAUUUUCGGAACCUGCGAGUCCUAGACCUCAGUUGUAGUGGCAUCAAAAGGUUGCAAAGCACAGUUUCUUGCUUGAAGCAUUUGAGGUACCUUGACCUGUCGAAUACCUUUAUUGCAACAUUACCAGAAACUAUAGGUAGCCUCUGCAAAUUGGAGGUGCUAAACAUUUCAGGUUGCUCUGAUUUGACUGGUCUGCCAAGGAACUUAGCUAGCUUGUACAUGCUAAGACAUCUGAUCAUAAAUGAUUGUGAAAGGUUAACUUGCUUGCCAGACAACAUUGGUAAGCUAUUGCAUCUUCAGACAUUGCCGAUCUUUAUCGUAUCAAACAAGACCGAUAACUUUAAACAGUUGGCGAGGCUGCCGCUUAGGGGUGAGCUGACAAUCAAGAACUUGGAGGAUGUGAAAAAAGAAACUAGAGCAGUAAUCUUGGGUAUGAAAAACCUUCAUUCACUGGAGCUGUCAUGGGGUGAUGAUCAUAAGCGGCUGGACUUGAAUGUUCAAAACGAUUCUAACUGCAAAUUAGGUGAGAACGUGCUUGACUGCUUGCAACCAUCAAAAAAUCUCAAACAUUUGUCAAUAAAAGGGUAUCCAGGAAUCCAUCUUCCAAGCUGGAUAAAGACUCCUUCACUGCCUGUUUUAACUAAAAUAGUGUUGAUGAACUGCAAAAGAUGUGAACAUCUCCCUGCUUUAGGUCAACUUCCAGUACUAGAGAUCAUCCAUAUGCGUGGAAUGGAUUGCGUGAAGAAUAUAGGCAGAGAGUUCUACGGGGAAAACAAGAAGAAAUUGUUUGCAUCAUUAAAGGAGUUAUCCCUCAUAGACUUCCCUGAUCUGGAAUUCUGGUGGGGUGGAGGUGAAGAAUUCCCCUCCCUUGUCAAAUUAAUCAUCAAUAAAUGUCCUAAGUUGAUGAACAUGCCGCGAUUUGCAGCGCUUAGGCAUUUAGAGUUGCAGAGCUGCAAUGAAUCUAUAUUAAUGUCAGCAGGAAAUAUAACCUCGCUAUCUGUCCUCAUCAUUGGUGGCUUUAAUGGACAGUUAAUUCUAUUGGAUAACUUGCUUCGGAACAAUGUUCAUCUCUUGUCUCUAACUGUCAGCUCUUGUCCCAACCUUUGCUGCAUCCCACAGAGUUUGGGGAGCCUUGUGUCCCUAACAUCUUUGACGAUUCGUUGGUGUGAUGAGCUCUCAUCUUUGCCACAACAAUUGCAGAAUCUAACCUGUUUGCAGUCUCUAGAGAUCAGUGAAUGCCAUGGCCUUUCUACCUCACCCCAGCAUAUCGAUGGGUUAAUUUCCCUCAAAUAUUUAUCCAUCGAGAACUGCAGUAACCUAAGAUCAUUACCCAUUGGACUGCUACAUCUUACUUCUCUCGAACAUUUAACCAUCAUGUACUGUCCAAGUCUGGUGUGUUUGCCAACUGAGUGGCAUAACCUUUCCAUGCUGAGGAGUUUGUUCAUUUUAUGCUGCCCGGAGCUAUCAUUUUUGCCCGAAAGUGUUAAACAUGUUACAACACUGCAAAAUCUUGAAAUACAUGGUUGUCCGGGUUUACACAUGUUGCCAGAGUGGAUUGCAGAUCUUUCGAUUCUUAGGUCUUUGGCAAUAUCAGAUUGUCCUAAUUUGAACUCACUUCCAGAAGGUUUUCAGAGCCUGGACACCCUUCAACGUCUCUCGAUUCAUGAAUGUCCAAGGCUUGAAGAGCAUUGCAAGAAAAACGUAGGUAAGGAUUGGCCCAAAAUAGCUCAUAUUCCACAUAUUUACAUCGGAUCACCAGAGCUCGGAAAAGUUAAUAAUGUUGCUAGCAGCUCAUCGCGUUAAUGUCGAAUACAAACAAAAACCUGAUCGUGCUGUUGACAAGUACGGCAACCCUGAACCGGCAAUGCCGCUCGUAAAUGGUACUCUCCCAUUGAAUUAAUUGAUAAAGAUACAAAGAGAGUAUGGAUCCACUUAUACUGUAAAAUCAUUUGGUACAAAUUCAUGAUGCAUGAAGGUGUCUUUCAAGAGAUGAUCGUGUGCGUAAUGGGCAUGAGUUUUCGUUCGGGGUUGCCUGUAGAAUCAUUUGUACUGCUGCCUUCGGCCCACCGUAUGUACCGUUUUUGGGUUUUGAACUUUCAAUGAACUUCGUCUUCCCAUUUGCCUAAUUGUUUUUAAGUUGAAUCAUUCCUUAUUUAUAUAUGUAAUACAAACAAUUAUGGAAAUAUGUGAAAAUAAUUAUUAUCAAUAUGAUAAUAUUUCUGUA